GGCGCAGAGCCGGUGGAGCUCUGCUGAGACCCGGCUCUGCGCGCCCAGGGGCGGCUCAUGCCCCCUGCGCUACCCACUACGCUGCCGCAGCCAGGCCGCAUCUGGACGGGGCGCCGCGCGGCGGGGCCGACUCCGGGCCACAAUGCUGCUCGGGGCAUCUGUGGUGGGGUUGCUGCUGUUCUCCAGGCUGGUACUGAAACUGCCUUGGACCCAAGUGGGGUUCUCCCUGCUGUUCCUCUACCUGGGGUCUGGAGGUUGGCGCUUUGUCCGAAUCUUCGUCAAGACCAUCAGGCGUGAUAUCUUCGGCGGCCUGGUACUCUUCAAGGUGAAGGGGAAGGUCCGGCGGUACCUGCGGGAGCAGCGGACGGUGCCCAUUUUGUUUGCAUCUACGGUACAGCGCCACCCCGACAAGACAGCCUUGAUCUUUGAGGGCACGGACACCCACUGGACCUUCCGUCAGCUGGAUGAUUACUCCAGCAGCGUGGCCAACUUCCUGCAGGCUCGGGGCCUGGCCUCGGGCGACGUGGCCGCUCUCUUCAUGGAGAACCGCAACGAGUUUGUGGGUCUGUGGCUAGGCAUGGCCAAGCUGGGCGUGGAGGCGGCUCUGAUCAACACCAACCUCCGGCGGGACGCCCUGUGCCACUGCCUGGCCUCUUCCCAGGCCCGCGUUCUCGUCUUCGGCAGUGAGAUGGCCCCGGCCAUCUUUGAAAUCCAAAGCAACCUGGACCCGUCGCUCAGCCUCUUCUGCUCCGGCCCCUGGGAGCCAAGCACAGUGCCCGCCGGCACAGAGCACCUAGACCCCCUCCUGGAGGAAGCCCCCAAGCACCUGCCCAGUCGUCCCAACAAGGGCUUCACAGAUAAGCUCUUCUACAUCUACACAUCGGGCACCACGGGGCUGCCCAAAGCCGCCAUCGUGGUGCACAGUAGGUACUACCGCAUGGCCGCCCUGGUAUACUACGGAUUCCGGAUGCGGCCCGACGACAUUGUCUACGAUUGCCUGCCCCUCUACCACUCCGCAGGAAACAUCGUGGGCAUGGGGCAGUGCCUACUGCACGGCAUGACAGUGGUCAUCCGGAAGAAGUUCUCAGCCUCCCGGUUCUGGGACGAUUGUAUCAAGUACAACUGCACGAUCGUGCAGUACAUCGGUGAGCUGUGCCGCUACCUCCUGAACCAGCCACCCCGGGAGGCAGAGCACCAGCACCAGGUGCGCAUGGCGCUUGGCAACGGCCUCCGCCAGUCCAUCUGGACCGACUUUUCUAGCCGUUUCCACAUCCCCCAGGUGGCCGAGUUCUACGGGGCCACAGAAUGUAACUGCAGUUUGGGCAACUUCGACAGCCAGGUGGGCGCCUGUGGCUUCAACAGCCGCAUCCUGUCCUUUGUGUACCCUAUCCGGCUGGUACGAGUCAAUGAGGACACCAUGGAACUGAUCCGGGGGCCCGACGGCGUCUGCCUUCCCUGCCAGCCAGGGGAGCCGGGCCAGCUGGUGGGCCGUAUCAUCCAGCAGGACCCCCUGCGCCGCUUCGACGGCUAUCUGAACCAGGGUGCCAGCAACAAGAAGAUCGCCAAGGACGUGUUCCAAAAGGGGGACCAGGCCUACCUCACCGGCGACGUGCUGGUGAUGGACGAGCUGGGCUACCUGUACUUCCGAGACCGCACGGGAGACACAUUCCGCUGGAAAGGGGAGAACGUGUCCACCACCGAGGUGGAGGGCACGCUCAGCCGCCUGCUGGCCAUGGCUGACGUGGCCGUGUACGGUGUGGAAGUGCCAGGAACUGAGGGCCGGGCCGGAAUGGCUGCCGUGGCCAGCCCCGCCAGUGACUGUGACCUGGUGCACUUCGCGCAGCUGCUGGAGAAGGAGCUGCCCCUGUAUGCCCGCCCCAUCUUCCUGCGCUUCCUGCCGGAGCUGCACAAAACAGGGACCUUCAAGUUACAGAAGACAGAGCUUCGGAAGGAAGGCUUUGACCCGGCAGUUGUGAAAGACCCGCUGUUCUACCUGGAUGCCCGGAAGGGCCGCUACGUCCCACUGGACCAAGAGGCCUACACCCGCAUCCAGGCAGGCGAGGAGAAGCUGUGAUUUGCCCCGAGCCCCUCUCAGGGCCAGCGGGUGCUGGAUCCAGAGCCCCAGCUCGCACCCCAGAGGGGUCCGGGGCAAUGCCAGACCAAAGCAAGCAGGGCCCGGAACCUCCACCCCGAGGUGCGGGCCCCCCCCUCAAAACUGCCAAGUGACUCACCGCCGCCUCCCCCUGCCCCCCAGGAGGCUUUCUGUGAAAGCCUCAAGUCCAUGUUCUGUCUUCAAGGCCAGGUGGGGCCUCGGCCCCAGGCUGAGACAGACCGGGCCCCUUACGAUGAUGUCUUGGGCAGGGCAGGGGCAGGUGGAAGGUUGGCAAGCACUCUCCAGAGUGCAGGGAGCUUGUAAAUGGGACCAGGGCAGAAACCCCCAGACUCAGGAAGCCAGCAGAGUGGGCGGGGGCUGCAGGAGGAGGAUCCUGGCCCCGGAGCUGUUCCAGUGUCACUCAGCACUGCCUGCGCCUCCAGGAGGAUCGGAGGAGGACCCCGACCUGCAGCGGGCGGCCUGGAUUGAGUGCCCCCCCCACCACCAUCCUCCUCUCCUGGAUGGCAGCCUGGCUGCCCCUCAGGCGGGACCUUUCUCCUUGUAGGUCUGUCCCCAUCACUUUCUCCGUCACAAUCCUGGGCUGGCUAUGAGAGGAGGAGGGGUUGGGGGGGGUCUUUCAGGGGCCAAUAAACUGCCUUGACUCC